GCGAGUUACAACCCCGACCUCGAUGAGUACGACAUGAAGGCGGCAACGCAGCCACCGCCAAAAGAAACAGAAGAUGUUGCAGACAGGACCGCAGUGUGCCAGAUUUUGCACCUGGCGGGGAGAGUAUCCGCAGGUGGUGAUGCGCAUGUGGUCCACCACUAUGCCCAUCUCAUCCAGGACAUGGAAUCUGAGCUGUCGAACGCUUCGCGCGCCUUGCUGCACCAGCACACGCGCCGUCGCCGGUCAAGCCAGGACUUGGGCGAGGACUCUUCCAAGGAGAAAUUGUCGGAACGCACAGCAUCUACGGGCCUGUUGGAUGAUGAGUGGUGCACUCUAGAGAGUUCCCGCGAGGUCGAGGAGGACGAUGACGACUGGCUGCUCGUGGCCGUGCAGGCCUAA